CGGGGCGGCGAGGGAAGAGAAGGGAACGGAGGGGCCCGCGGGCGCGUUGCGCUCCGCCCAAGCUCCCACCUCAGCGCUCCGCCACUGGGCUGGCCCUGCCGCCGGCGACGUCCCGCCCCGCUGCUGCGACCUCGCUCGGUCCGAAGUCUGGUUGCGGCGGUCGGCAGCAUGGUGCGCUUGCUGAACUCCAUCGUGGCCGUGUGCCAGAACAUGGGCAUCGGGAAGGACGGCACCCUGCCCUGGCCGCCGCUGAGGAACGAGUACAAGUACUUCCAGAGGAUGACGAGCACGACCCACGUGGAAGGUAAACAGAAUGCAGUGGUCAUGGGUAGAAAAACCUGGUUUUCCAUUCCUGAGAAGCAUCGUCCUUUAAAAGACAGGAUUAAUAUAGUGCUCAGCAGAGAGCUCAGGGAAGCUCCAGAAGGAGCACAUUAUCUUUCCAAAAGUCUGGAUGAUGCUUUAACUCUUUUGGAUUUGCCAGAGUUACAGAGUAAAGUAGACAUGGUUUGGAUCAUCGGAGGCUCUUCAGUUUACAAGGCAGCGAUGGAUAAGCCAAUUAAUCAUCGAUUAUUUGUGACAAGAAUUUUGAAGGAAUUUGAAAGUGACACAUUUUUUCCGGAAAUCAACUGCAGAGACUACAAACUUCUUACAGAGUACCCAGGUGUCCCUGCUGGUAUCCAAGAAGAGAAUGGCAUCCAGUACAAAUUUGAAGUGUAUGAAAAAACUGUCAUGGCACAAUAAAUGAGGCUUUCUAUACUUCUGUGUAAGGGCAGGCAUUUUAAUUCCAUGGAGUCUUAUUGAGUACAAAUAUGUAUUAAAUUAUUGAGAGAAAAUCCUUCUUGAUCUUACGGUACCUCAGUAGUGAAUGAUUCCAAAAAACACUCCCCAGACUUAAUAUACACCGUGCAGUGGAAAUAUGAGGCUGGUCAGCAGCGAGAAAGAGGCAGCUCUAAGGAAUGACAGAACGGUUGGGGUUGGGAUUGGAAGGCACCUCUGGAGGUCAUCCAGUCCAACCCACCAGCUAAAGCAGGUUCACCAGGGCAGAUCACACAGGAGUGUGUCCAGGUGGGUGUUGAGUGUUUCCAGAGAAGGAAUACCUCAGCUAAGGUUGCGUGAGACAUUGUGUUGAGCUUCACAGUCCGUGGCAGCAUACGUAACAAUUCCGUGAGUACCGAAAGGCAUUAGACUGCGUCAGAACAUGUCUACCUAAGCAAAGGUUUGUGUGUCUCUUCAUGCAAAACAUCCAACACUGAGAAAGCGUCAAAACUGCUGAGUUUGAGUGGGAUGGCCUAGACAUUUGUAACAGUCUUUAAAAGGUACCUGUAUAGAGUAAAAGGUAAGCAAGCAUAAUGAGAGAAGUGGAGUCUGGAGGUCUCAAGCAGCAGCUGAGGGGUACACUGAUCCUUCGUGGAAGUGCUCUCUUGUCAUCUUAACCUUCCUGGGUACACAGCCUGAUUCAAGCCAUGUGGCUGAAAACACUGACUUACAAAUUAAUCUGAUAAAGAAAUUUCAACGUUUCCAUUAACUUCACACCCAUAUAAAGGCCUGCUGCCCUUACAAAAAGUUGCUGUGUCAGUUUGACCAUGGGCUGCCUUGCAGCAUAAGAAUAUAAACAUUGCUUUCUUAACCGAAUCUGUGUUCUUACGUGCCUUCUAAAUGUUAUCAGUGCAGGUGCAGAGUGUUAAAUUGUCAGUGUGAUUUUGAAUAUUUUUUUCAGCAUACAGAUAUGGAUUAUAAGCAGGUAGUGAAGUCCUGUUUCCUCUUUCAGUAAAUGCAGCUAGUGUAAUAAUGUUUUGCAUUACUGUUCCCUAAAAGUAGCGAGCAAUAUACUGAUGCUGCAGUAACACUAGUUCUAAUGGCACACAGUGCCAAGUGUUGACCAAAGGUUGUUAUUGGCAAUAUUAUCCCAAUAUGAUCACUAAUGUUAGUGUGUUCUGACUGUGGGGAGUUCGUCAGGUGGCAGAAACCUCCCUGUGUGAAGUGCCGUGGCAAGGGGCUGGGAUGCACCGUGCCUGUGUGGGUUUCCUUGUGCUGCAGCUGCCACGCAGGCAGUGCGAGCCUGCAGGGAGGGGUUCCUGCCUCCCUUUCACUGCAGGUUGGUCUGAGAAAAAAAGAGUGAAAAAAGAUAUUUUUUAAAAAUAAUAGUAACCCUCAAAACCCUUCUGACUGUUUUCCCGAAGCAUUUUAAAAGCAUUGUCUUGUGAAGCAGUAUUUUGGGAGAUUCACGUAAUACUGCUCGUCCUUUCAUGUCACACAGUUCUAACAUCAGGGAGGACAGAACUGACCAUUGGCAGCUUGUAUGUGUUCUAACUGUACAGGGGACUGUAACAGUGCGCAGUUUUCUAAGAUUAAACCUUCAUUUUGCUUACUUUUGAAAAACCUAACCUCUUUGAUAAGAGAAAAAACACUUAGAAUAUCAGCUAUGAACAUUUAUUAAAUCUUCUGUGACAAUUUACAACAUUUAACUGAUUAAAAAGAUAAUUUUUGCAGCA